CGUUGUGCAGCUCUGCUGGAAUCAUUAUGGUCAUAUUGUGCAGUGACGUAGAGUCGUAUGUUCGUACUUUGGAGAAAAUAUAUUCCUGAACGGUUUAUUUGGCAAAAUUAUUCAUUUCCUUUUGUUGGAAUCAGCGACGAAUUGAUGUAAACCCGAGCGAAAGAAAAGUUGAGAAGCGAAAACACACAGCUUUUUCUGCGACACUAAGGCGCCCCAAAAGCGUAACUAAUAUUCACAUAUUAGCCCUGGAUCGCUGCUGAAAACCCCAACGAGUUCGCGUGUUUGUUUUUGGUUCAUCCAUAUAUCUAUAUUUCCCGAGUCAAUUGGCGAUUGACUUAACAAAGAGAUACGAUAUCUUUGUUUAAUUUGCGAACUGGCAUUGCGCACCCCAAAGGAGGGGAAACAAAAUCUUAUAUGACUUUUGAAAGAUUCGGUGAAACACCAGUAAAAAAAACCGUACGUCUUAUUGAGAAAAAACGGAGUAAAGGGUUCGAGCUGUGCAUGAAUUUAAAAGGGCGAACCAUAAGUCACCGGACUUCGAGUAACAGACAUCGGAAGUUACAGCCAUUCAGGUACACAUGAGCCUGCUGCUUUGCCAUUUUUUUAAAGACUUAAACUGAACGGAAAGCAUAGAAUAGCUGAAAAUUUACCAAGGCAAGGAAAUCCAACCAAUACUUCAGCAAAAUAAGAACUCAGCAAAAUAUAACCCCUUGCACGACAACUAUAAGAAAUACUAUCCUCAAGCAAUUCUUGCAGAAUCUACAAC